AUGACAGCGAUGACCCAGCUCCGAGAGGUCCUCGGCCGCAAGCAGGCCCAGGGCGAAGACGUCCCCGCCGCCGUGGCCGUGGUCCCGGAGACGAACGACGACAAGGAGCUCGGCAACGCCUCCGAAGACCUGAAGGCAAUGCAGGAGCAGCAGCCCAGUGAUGAGGUCCAGCACGGCGUCAAGCUGGCACAAGCCUUGACUCUGACGUGGAACAAGAACUCGCUGGUUGCCAUAUUCAUCUUCAUGUGGUUUCUGUACCUCACGAACGGAUUCCAGAGCUCGGUCCUCUACAGCCUGACGCCGUACGCCGCCAGCGACUUCGAGUCGCACUCGCUCCUCCCCGUCAUCGACAUCGUGUCCAGCGCCAUGACGGCCUCGGUGUACAUCCCUCUAGCCAAGAUCCUCGAUCUCUGGGGCCGCGCCGAGGGGUUCCUGCUCAUGGUGCUCUUCGCGACCCUGGGCAUGAUCCUGCUGGCCGCCAGCCAGAAUCUCGCCACGUACUGCGCAGCAACGGUCUUCUGGCAGGUUGGCUGGUCAGGCCUUACCUACAGCAUCGACGUCAUCACAGCCGACUCGACGCGGCUCAAGAACCGGGGCCUGGCGUUCGCCUUCACCUCGUCCCCUUACAUGAUCACGGCGUUCGCAGGACCAAAGGCGGCCGAGGGGUUUCUGAACCACGUCAGCUGGCGGUGGGGGUUCGGGUGCUUCUCCAUCGUGCUGCCCAUCGUGGCCGUGCCCAUGUAUGGCAUCUUGAAGUGGAACAUCCGUAAGGCCAAGAAGAAGGGAACCCUCAUCCGCGGGUCCAGCGGCCGAAGCUUUGUCGAGAACGUGCGGUGGGGGCUGGUUGAGUUUGACGUCCUCGGAGUCGUCUUGUUCGCCUGCGGCCUAGUCACCUUCCUCCUCCCUUUCUCCCUCGCCAGCACGGCGCCGAACGGAUGGAAAUCGGCAUAUGUUAUUGCUAUGAUUAUCACUGGCUUUGUUGUGCUCGCGCUCUUCCUCCUCAACGAGCUCUUCCUGGCGCCCAAGCCCUUCUUCAAGUUCGAGUUUUUCGCCGACCGCACCGUGAUGGGCGCCUGUCUCCUCGAUAUAACGUACCAGGUUGCAUACUACUGCUGGAACAGCUACUUCACUUCGUUCCUGCAGGUCGUCAACGGCCUGUCCGUCUCCAACGCGGGCUACGUCAGCAACACCUUCGACGUGGUCUCGGGCGUGCUCCUAUUCGUCGUCGGGUUCUCCAUUUCCAAGACGGGGCGAUUCCGCUGGCUCUUGCUGGUCGGCGUGCCGUUGUACACCUUCGGGCAGGGCCUGAUGAUCUACUUCCGCCAACCCGGCCAGAACAUCGGUUACCUCGUCAUGUGCCAGAUAUUCACGUCCAUCGGCGGGAGCGUCUUCAUCCUCUGCAUGCAGGUCGCCAUCCUCGCGGCCGUCGACCACCAGCACGUCGCCGCCGCCCUUGCGGUCCUCAGCGUCUGCGGCAACAUUGGCGGGUCCGUGGGUAACACCAUCUCCGCGACCAUCUGGACAAACACGUUUGAGAAGGCGCUCGAGAGGAACCUACCCGAGGCGGCGCUGGGGAGUCUGGCUGAUAUCUAUUCGGAUCUCGACACGCAGCUGGGCUACCCGGUCGGUAGCGCGGAGCGACUUGCGAUUCAGCAGGCGUACGGGUAUGCGCAGAUGCGGAUGCUUGCGGCGGGGACCUCCGUUAUGGUCUUUGGCUUCAUUGCCGUGUUCAUGAUCAGGAACUUUGACCUGAAGAAGAUGAGCCAGACUAAGGGUCUCGUGUUCUGA